AUGACCCCCCUUCGCAGGUUGGCUGAUAGCUUUGACGCUUUCCUGGCAUCCCAGGUGCUGAUCCCGCAGAUCCCUCGAUUGCUUGGCCCUGGUUUGAACAAGGCCGGAAAGUUCCCCACGCUGGUGCAGCACUCCGACAACCUGGAGACCAAAGUCACUGAGGUGAGAAGCCAGGUGAAGUUCCAGUUGAAGAAGGUGCUUUGUAUGGGCGUUGCAGUGGGCAACGUUCAAAUGACACCGGAUGAGCUGAGGCAGAACUGCCUGAUGGCCAUUAACUUCCUGGUGUCCUUGCUCAAGAAGAACUGGAACAAUGUGAUCAAAGAGCUGCUUGGAAAGGGUUCAGUAGUUGAAUCUUUGGAUCUCAAAGAAGCUCCCGACAUUUUGGCUCAGGUGCUGUCGGAUGAGGAGCUUGGACGUUUCACAACAAAGUUGGUGGAUGUGUCGGAUACGGCCAAGGCGCAGGGAUGCGCAGGGUCUUGGGUGAAGAAGCUUUGCUACCAUUCGAGCCAGCACCGCCAGGUGAAGGACGCGAUCCUGAACUUCAAGCCAACUGCUGUGAUCCAUUUGGCCGGAGUGCAAAUUCCAACGGUGCGCAGCAAUGCUCCACUUGGUGUUGCAGUGAAUCUGUUGGGCACCAUCAAUGUUUUUGAGGCAGUCAAGGCUUUAGCAGAACAGGAAGUACCCUCUGCCACCGAAGCCUUCUCUUCGUCUUUGUCCAGUGUGCUUGCCUGCGCCUCAGAAAGCGAUGGGAAGAUUUUGGCUCUGACCGAUGACAUGCCGCGCGCACAGAGGCAAUGGCAGUUCCAUGUAGAGCAGACCUUCAGCUUCAGAGACUUGAGCAUCGAGAAAGAUGAGCUUGCAUCAGUCAGAGACUGGCUGCGGAAAGGAGCGCGUGGCCUGAAGCUGCUCACGGCCGACUUGUCAACCCCACAGGCAACCGGCGUUGCUUCAGCUCGGCUGUAUGCCCGUUUCAAUCGGCGCACAGGCUGCGUGAGGGGUGGUGGAAAGCAGUUCCAUGUUGAUGGAUCGGUCAAUGAACCUUUGAAAGCUGUGCGUGUGAAGUGCUGUGCUGGGGAGGAGAGGGAGGCACGCAAUCGCAAGGGAGGCGCUGGUCGUGUGACUGUUGCUGAGCUUAAAAGAGUGCUUGACUGUGCUGACGCUCUCUUGGAAAGCGGUUGCAAACCGACUCCCAGUGCUGUGGCCAUGGAGGUGGGCGAUUGGUGCGCCAGCUAUCCGUGCCGUUCUGAAGCACAGGCGACAGACGCGGGGCAAGUCAACGCGAACCACAAGAAGCUGAGUUGCGGGCUCAUCAAUGCUUUGAUGCCUCUCAUCAUUGACUUCCAUGGUCCAUGCGGAACAUUGAAUCUCACGUGGAAGAAGAGCGCGACCUGCGAAGAGGAAGAGGCCGCGUUGAGUGAGAAGUUGAGUGAAGACGCUGCAAAAGAGACGACCGACGAGGAUGUCGGUGCGAUUGCGCAGAAGCCGCAGAAGCAGCUUCGGAAAAAGGUUGCGAUUAAAAAGUCGACUUGCUUCCAAGAAAACGAGUCGCAAGGUCACUCGCGACCAACAGGAGCAGGGUACCGUGUGGAGGCUGAAGCCGCGUUGGCGCGCCAGACGGCCACGGAAGACAUCAUGGAGCAGGUUUUUCGUGACUCGGUUUGCCUCGCGCGCCACGCGCGUCGCAGUACGCUUGUCUCCAUGCGCGCGAACUUCGGUGACCCGCUGCUGAGGCUUGAGCCUGGGAAUUGGCUGAAAACCGGGGGGCUGGAAAAGUUGUCCCAGUCGCCUACGCUUCCUCUGGUGCUGUUCUUGGGCCUUCUUCCGAUUAUGCUUCAGGCGCACCUCUUCCUGCUGAAAGAGACUACCACAGGUCUCCGUCCACUGACCAUUUUCGGCGUGGGGCGAGAGAUUGGCCUCACAUCUGGCCCCACGAAAGCCGUGAAGGCGGCGAUCUUGGGGCGCCGCUUUGAGAUUGAGGUGUCUGGGACCACGGGAUUUCAUCACGUGGCCGAUGUGGCGAGGCUCUUUGUGGAGACCCUGGGAGGAGCUGUUCGCCAACCUGGAGCGCAUGUCUGUGGCAUCAAGGGCCACGUGGUGUCCUAUGAGGAGUUUUUAAAGGAGGCCGCCAAGAUUGUACCAGAGGUUCGCCUCAGUUGCACAAGUGCAGUGUGGCAAACAUUGACCAGUGCAAAUUACGAGUAUGUGCCGAAAUCUUCAGACUGUUGA